AUGCCCUCGGACCGACUCGACUAUGCCCUCUCUUCUGUUGUGGGCAUGUGCUUCGGCGCCUUCAUAUCUCUCAUCGUCGAUGCCGCCCUCUUCGAGGUGGGACAGUCGCCAUACUUUGCUAUGCUCUUCGGCCUAUGCCUGAUCGUCAUCGGCGGGCUGAUCAUAUGGAGAGUCGCGCCUGAGCCUGGGGAGAGGAUGACCCGCUGGCGAUUCCUCGUGUUUGUUUUCUCUACUCUCAUCCUCUCCUCGGGAAUCUGCUGUUUCCUCCUCAACAAGGAUUGGUUGGUCGGGCUCAGCCCAGCCAUUAAACUUCCAAUGUACACGAUCCUAGGGACCAGCUUGUGCUUUGCCUUGACAUUCUCGAUUGUUGAUCUUAUCAAUCAACGCAACCUAUGCUGCAACAACGCCAUAUACCUUGGUGAUGUUGCCGAUUUCAUCGUGCCUCCUGUCGCUAGUUCGUCGAAGCAAAUAUAUGUUGUGAUGAUCUCGUCUAUCAUUAUGGGCGGCAUUUUUGGAUUGUCUUUCGGUCUUUUCGAUGUCGAAGAUGAUACAAAGCUGCACAUCAGAUUCGACGAAGAUCAAGCAUGGAACACAUUCUUUGGAGGCAUCGCGGGCUUCUUUGUUGGUGCACUUCCAUGUCUCACCGGAUUGAUAUUUCAGGCCCUCCAAGACAGCGCUACCCACGUUCGGAUUGCGUAUGAAGAUGACAUCUGA